AUGCAGCUUUCAAAGCACAUGAAAGUUGCGGCAGGUUGCAUGGGUGCAGCGAUAUUUGGAAUUCUGUUUGGUUGGGUCUUAUUCCCGGCCAUUCUUAAGAAUCAAUUGAAAAAGGAAAUGGCGCUGUCAAAGAAGACGGAUGUGCGCAAGAUGUGGGAGACCAUACCCUUCGCCUUGGACUUUAAAGUUUAUCUGUUUAACUAUACCAACCCGGAUGAGGUGCAAAAAGGUGGAAUACCUAUUGUUAAGGAGGUUGGACCUUAUUAUUUUGAAGAAUGGAAAGAGAAGGUAGACAUCGAAGACCAUGACGAUGUAGAUACUAUAACGUAUCGAAAGCGAGACACGUUUUAUUUCAAGAAGGAACUUUCUGGCCCUGGGCUAACUGGUGAAGAAGAAAUAAUUAUACCCCAUAUGUUCAUGAUUAGUAUGGCAACGGUUGUGUCUCGCGAUAAGCCAGCUAUGCUCAGCAUGUUAGGAAAGGCGUUUAACGGCAUUUUUGAUGGCCCAGAGAAUAUUUUCUUGAGAGUGAAAGCCCUAGAUCUCCUAUUUAGAGGUGUGAUUAUAAAUUGUGCUCGAACAGAGUUCGCGCCAAAAGCAGUUUGCACCGCACUGAAGAAAGAAGCAGCUAAUAGUUUGAUAUUUGAACCAAAUAAUCAAUAUAGGUUUUCCCUCUUCGGAAUGCGCAAUGCCACAAUAGAUGCCCAUGUGGUCACAGUGAAACGAGGCAUUAAAAACGUCAUGGAUGUUGGCAAGGUGGUAGCGAUCGACGGUAAAACGGAGCAGGAUGUGUGGAGAGACUCUUGCAACGAGUUCCAGGGUACAGACGGAACGGUAUUCCCGCCUUUUUUGACUGAAUUCGAUAGGCUGGAGUCUUUUUCUGGAGAUUUAUGUCGAACAUUCAAACCAUGGUACCAGAAAAAGACGUCAUACCGAGGUAUCAAGACAAAUAGAUACAUCGCAAACAUCGGAGACCUGGCCAAUGAUCCUGAACUCCAAUGCUACUGUAUUACCCCAGGCAAUUGCCCCCCUAAAGGCCUGAUGGACCUCUCUAAAUGUAUGGGAGCACCCAUGUAUGUGUCACUACCACAUUACUACGAUAGUGACCCAGACCUAUUGAAGACUGUUAAAGGACUGAACCCAGAUGUCGAUGAACAUGAAAUUGUAAUUGACUUUGAACCUAUAACCGGAACACCAAUGGUUGCAAAACAAAGGGUUCAAUUCAGCUUACAACUGAUGCAAACAGACAAGAUGGAACUUUUCAAAGAUUUACCAAACACUAUGGCGCCUUUAUUUUGGAUUGAAGAGGGUCUAGCACUAAAUAAAACAUUCGUCAAUAUGCUGAAACACCAACUCUUCAUCCCGAAACGCAUAGUGGGGGUGGUUCGCUGGUUGCUAGUGACGACCGGAAUAUUGGGUAUGCUGGCUUGCCUUGUGUACCACUUCAAAGACCACAUAAUGCGAUUCGCAAUAACAACCGAUUCGCCGGCUAAAGUGAAACCAGAAAAUGGGGAAGUUAAAGAUAAUAAUAUGAGCGUUAUUCAGACUCCCACCAAAAUUGAAAUGUAA